AUGGCUCCAACCCGUCAGCCGUGUUCAGAACUCGAGAAUUUCUCAAGUAGUUUUGUGUCGAACGUGAUCUGCAACCGCAGUGAGCCAGUUUUUGACAGUCACAUGGAUGAUGACUGUUCUGCCGAAGGAGCCACCGGGAAGCUUUGGUGGACAAAUUUCUCUUUCGGCGAAAAUUACGACCCGGAAGAUGAUUUCGCCGAUAAGACGGGUCAAAUGGAGCCGAUCCUCGCGUCCGUCGAGGAGAGUCUUUACGAGCCAAGAACGCCUCUUUGCAGAAAUUUUAAAGCUGUGAAGCAGCAUUUCGUGGAUGUGGAUUGUGAUCCAAUUCUCGGUGCUAGUGGAGCUUCGCUAAGUCCCUCCUUGCCAUCUCUUGACUCCAUGAACAAGUUUUCGGAUUCAACCACGUUUUCGAAUGAUCUCUUCUUCGCGUCGUAUGACGUGGAGGAAACUGAGAUUUUUGGCGAGGAAAUGACUGAGUCGCUUUGCGGAUUAGCUGUCUGUUAUGCUCCGGAGGCGGAUGGAAAACCGGAGAAACCGAGGGAAACUGGUGAAAGAAAAUUGAGAAGGAAGCGCAAAUCAUCUCGUCCUAAAUAUCUGUCUGAUCAAGAAGAAAGUGAUGAUGAUCGUGACUUCGAUUGGAAUUCGCGUCCUCAGCGGCGGCCAAAGAAAAGACCUUCAUGGAUGAGAACUUUCAUUGGCAAUGAUCUGAGGAAUAGAAGUUUGAAGUCGCGACGUACCCGGUCGAAAUCCUUUCGUGAAUCUCGGGUAUUAGAUCUUACUCCUCGUGCGAGGAAUCGAAGAAGACUGAAACACUCCAUGGAAUCAGUUCGCUGCUCAGUUUGUGAUAUCAAACUGGAAUCCGAUGUCGCACUUGAAGCGCAUUUGAACGUCUCUUGUCGGAAGACUGUUGGAUGUCGAGUAGUUUUGCAGAGACAACUAGCAUAUUUGGAUAUAAAAUUCCCAUCGCUACGAAUCCGGUUGUCGAGAUGCGAUUCCCUCGUUCGAAAAUUCCUUGAACCAUCUUCGGACGCAGACGAUGCGAAAAUGUUGGAUUCUUCUUCUGUCAGGGAUGGUUCAGAAAUUGAAAUUGAUUCGAAGGAAGGCGACGCCAAUACAGAAGAGUACGAAGCUGCGUUGGUUUACCAAACGUUCAGAGAGCAAGAAUUGCAAGGAUUCGAUGACCGUGAUUUUCUCCGCGAGUCUAGGCCGGGAUUUCCUCUCGACAAAGGUAUAUCUCGGGAAAAUCUUACAAGAAUAGCUUCAUACAAACCGGCCUCCUUAGACGAGCAUUCCAAAUCUGUGGUAACUCGAAAUCGGCUGUUGGAAAAAUUACGAGAAUACUGGGAUCCGUAUGGAUGCAACGAUGAGGAUAUAGAAGAUGGUAUCGAUUACACCAAGCUUGAUAGCUCAACUUCGCGACGUGCUCCAAAGGAAAGCAUCCGACUUCCAUCCCCUGAGUAUUCUUGCAGUAUAUUCGCCGAUCAAGUCACUGAGAAUCCUUUGUGUUCAUCGUGUUUCAGCAGAGGCAUUUGCGACGAAGACUUCGUUGCUUGUUACGUGUGUUGUCAGUCUUUUCACUGGUUUUGUGCUAAAUGGCGUCUCACUAGGGAAGAAAGAUCAUGUGGAAAUUUUGUAUGUCCGAAUUGCGUCAUCUGCUGCGCUUGUGAGACGCGAGGAGGUGUUGAAUUUUCCUGCAGCUCUUGUCAAAAGAACUAUCACAGGGAUUGUUGCGGGAUUCAUUCUCCGGAGUUGUUGUAUGACGAAAACGGUUGGCGAUGUAUCGAUUGCUCCGUUUGUGGAGCCUGUGGAGGAGCUUCAGGAAAACCUGCAGAGUUUGUUGUUGAACAAAGGCAGUAUGUGUGUGAGAAUUGCAUGGAAUUGUCGAAGAAUGCGUCGCUGUGUCGUGUCUGCUUGAAGGCUGACGAUGAGGCCCGAGCGUAUUUUGACAUGACGAGAGAUUCUGCGAUAGUUGCUGCGAAGGAGUCUCAUGAAGUGCUGGUUUGCUGGACUUGUAAAGGAAAGGUUCAUCGUUCGUGCGAAUCUCUGUGUGAAGAUGAAAUGCUGGUGCUUUUAGGUGAUCCUGAAAUCAAAUUUGAAUGCUCAUGUUGCCUGAUCGAUUCUUGGCUGGUGUCGGCGAAGCGAGUUGUUCGUUCUGGGAUAGAGUUUUCCGAAAUUCUCCGCGACUUCAAGGAGUGCAUAUCUUGCGAUUCGCUACUUCCAGAGAAAACGAGAUCAGGAACGUAUCCAUUCCCAACCUGGCGAACAGAUUUGAAAAGAGCAAUGAAAGAACACUUCCGACGAUGCGUGGAAGCUUUCAAGAAGUUCGGUCAAUUCUUUCAGAAAUGUGACUCGAAGAAAUAUGGAGCUGCGUGGUCGCGGACUGUCGCUGCUAUGGACAAGCUUCAAAAUCGGGAAAAUAUUUCGGUGGAUAGUUUUUUCGCGGACUGGUUUGCGAUUGCUGAACAAGCCGGCAUUCCAGAGGAUGCUCAUCUGAAGAUUUUGAAAAACUGGUUCCCAUGGACAGUCCAUCAGUUGAGUAAAGAACGGAAUCAAGGCCAAGGAAUUGCGAACCCGAUCCCGUGUCCGUUGAUGAACCCAAUCCCGUAUCUCUCUGCCGAACACGAUUACUGGAUUCAAAGUGGACCUCGGCAAGAGCUGACUGCACGAAAUUUUGCUGAGAAUCAUUCGAGCAACGAUGGUGAUGACGAUCGAAUUUGUGCCCUUUGCCAUUCCGCGGGUGACAGCGAGGAGGCUGAAAGAUUACUUUCCUGGGGAGGAAUACCCGACAUGGACGAAAUCUCGCGUUGGAUCCAUUUGAACUGCAUUUUAUGGACUCCGGGAAUCCGUCAAGACGUUAGCUGGAAAUGCGUUACACUCACGAACGCAGAGAGUGUUUUUCGUCAAGCGUUGAGGAAGCAAAUGGAUUGCUGUGUGUGUUUCGAAGACCGAGCAACGUUGCGCUGCAUGCAUUUGGACUGUGAUGCCUGGUUCCAUUUCCCGUGUGGUGUCCGAGCCAAGUGUUCCUUUCUGAAGCCGGGGGUCAUUUUCUGUUCCUUGCAUCAAUCUUCGUUGGCCAGUGUCAGAGAUGGGAAACAUUUUGCCGUGAAAAAAUUAGUGAAGAUCUCUCAGAUCGACGACUCCCAAAUGGGUUCUUAUUUACUCAUUGGCGCAGGAAACUUGACGUUCGAAAACCGCGAACUGCGAUUGAAACGCUGGUUUUGGUCCAUGUUCGAGCCUUGGAAGCAGACGUUGUACACGAUUACUGUUCGAUCUGCACAAAGAACGAAAGAUGAUGAUGAUGAUGAUCGGUAUCCCAACCGAAAUGAAACCUUAACCUUGAACCACGAUGAUGAGAGGCUCGAAAGUCGUCCUGCAAUUUUGACUGAAGCUUUCUCCGAGCUGAGUGUCAUGGAAGGCAAGGAUGCUUUGCGUGAUGUUGGCUUCAGUAUUAUUGAGGCGUCCAGUUUCGUUGGCAAUUCGAGAUCCGUUCUUUUCGUCCUCACUGGCGGCCUUCUACCCGGAAAACUGUCAUCCAGUAUCUCUGACUCUGUGCUGGCAGAUUUGGGUUUGAUUCCGGACGUGGUUCGAGUCUGUUUGACGUCUGUGGAUUCCGUUUUGGCAAAGAAUCCCGGCGAAACCUUCUUCCGUGUCCAAGUGACCAUUCGUGAGCCUGUGAUAGAAGUGGCGGAUGAUUUGAGAAUCUUGCAAUUCGAUGGAGCUACGGAUGAUCAUUACGAGCAACGACGAGUUGUGCAAUUUACGCCUGGUUCGGGUGUUCAAGCGUUGCAGUCGAACAACGUGAUGUUCAUUGAUAUGGUUGGUUGUAUGGCUCAGCAGUCGACGAACAUGAUACAAACUGUUGAACAGGCUCUCGGCCAACCUGCGAGGUAUCUCGGAACUGUUGAUCCCACUGCGUUCGUGAUGCCUUCGCAGCCCCAGCCGGUAUAUUACGUUCAGCCGACGAUUGCACCUGCUCCGAUUGCCAAACCGCAUUAUAAAACAGUCCAGGGAACGGAUGGGAAUCUGUAUUUGGUGACCGAGUUCUAUGUGGAAAUGCCUCAAUCGGUCACUUACCAGGUUGUCAACGUACCGCAGUCAGCACCAGUGACACCAAUGUACCUGCCGACGCAUAACACCUUCCAGCAUGUUCCAAUGGUACCGCCUAUGCCCAUCGUUGUCCAAGCACCGGUUCCUGCCGAAAUUCCCCAGCCACCAACGAUUGCCUCUGAUCCAGUUUUAUCGACUCAAGCCGAGUCGAAGGACGAAAUCUCGACAACGAAUGAUGAAAUUCCCGCUGAUGAGUGGAUUAUUUCUACGAACGACGAACCUUUUCUUGAAAUCGAUCCGCAAGAAGUGGAAACCAGUUCCAUGCAGAUCGAGAUUCCGCCGAAAGUUUCCAUAGUAUCCGUGGAAAAACCGAAAGAGAAAUCUUUGAUACUCGAAGCCACGCCCAAAGGGAUCGUCAAGACGCUGCCGAUCAUCGACAUGGUCAACCCUCCAGCUCAAAAUGACGUGAUGAAAUCCAGGACUAUUGUGGAUGCAGUGAUGAAACGAAUCCACGCCUGCACGUCGAAAUUGGCUCCAAGUGUCGAAUCGACAGCGUUGGAAAAGGAGGAAAAAGUCGAAAAUGAUCCCCCGGGUCGAGGCAAGGUUCAAGAUCGUCUGCUCAAUAGCUACAGGAACUUCAUGAAGCAGCGGAUGGGAGAUCGUCCUCGGCCCCUCUGUAGGAUCAUCAAGGACGAAAGGCUGUGGCAGGAUGAGGAGAAACCGGAAGUGGAGCCGUCUCCCAAGGAUGGGAAAGAGAACAAUGCUCCUUUGAUGGUGGAAAUCAAGGGAGAUGACGGAGUUGUUCUUCAGGACGAAAGGCUGUGGCAGGAUGAGGAGAAACCGGAAGUGGAGCCGUCUCCCAAGGAUGGGAAAGAGAACAAUGCUCCUUUGAUGGUGGAAAUCAAGGGAGAUGACGGAGUUGUUCUUCAGGGAUCGUCAAUUGAAGAAGUUUGGGGAUGUCUCGUGGAUGCAGUCCAGAAGUCCCGUGAACGAUUUGGAAUGCCGAUUCUUCCUCGUGAUUCGCUUACGAAG